GGUGACUCGAGUGCCAGGAGAGCUUUGAAUAACACAGUGAGGGGAGAAAUAAAAGGAAUAAGCACCACAAGCCCUCAGUCUUCCAGCGGCAAAGACGAGACACAGGAAUAACCAUGCCUGAGCCAGUCCCUGCAGCUAAGCCGGAGGGUGACGCCAAACCGCAGCCAGAAGAAGAUGAUCUACCCCCCGCAGAUGGAGCAGAAUCAGAAGCUGAUGGGGAUGAGCCUGGCAUGACUGAGCUCACCGGGCUCUUCGUCGAGAAACCUCUGAAUAAUGUGGUCGCUGUGGCAGGAGCGGACAUCACUUUCAUUGCAAGGGUUGACUCGACCACCCUGACGAGAAAACCCACCAUGAAAUGGCUGAAGGGGAAGUGGCUGGACCUUGGCAGCAAGGCUGGGAAACACAUGCAGUUCAAAGAAACUUAUGACAGAAAUACCAAGAUCUAUACGUAUGAAAUGAAGAUCGUCAAAGUGGUCCCUGGAGAUGCUGGAGGCUACAGGUGCGAGGUGACGGCGAAAGACAAGUGUGACAGCUCCGUAUUCGAGGUCACCGUUGAGUCUGCACAGCAGGAGGUGCAACAGGGGGAUAUUUUGUCCGCCUUCAAGAGAGCGGAUGCUGGAGAGGAUGACGGAGAUCUGGAUUUCAGUGCUCUGCUGAAAGCUGCCAAGAAAAAGAAGAGACCAGAGGAACCAGAAAUAGAUGUGUGGGAAUUGCUUAAGAAUGCCCAUCCGAGCGAGUAUGAGAAAAUCGCCUUUCAGUAUGGCAUCACUGACCUGAGGGGCAUGCUGAAACGUCUGAAAAAGAUGAAGGCUGUGCCCAUUAAGCACACUGAGGCUUUCCUGAAAAAGCUUGAUUCUUGCUACUCCGUGCACAAGGGCAAGAAGAUUGUCUUGACGUGUGAGGUUGUUGAUCCCAACGUCCAGGUCAAAUGGUUGAAGAAUGGCCAGGAGAUCAAACCCUCAGCCAAGUACGUCAUGGAGGCGAACGGGAACAUCAGAACCCUGACCAUCAAUAAGACGACCCUGGCUGAUGACGCUGCGUAUGAGUGCGUGGUCGGCGAGGACAAGUGUUUCACAGAGGUGUUUGUUAAAGAGCCCCCUAUAACCAUCACCAAGCUGAUGGAUGACUACCACGUGGUUGUGGGAGAGAGGGUGGAGUUUGAGAUUGAGGUGUCGGAGGAGGGUGCCCACGUCAUGUGGUACUUUGAGGAUGUGGAGCUUCACAAAGACAAAGAUUCCAAGUUUCGUUUCAAGAAGGACGGAAAGAAGCACACGCUCAUCAUCCAGGAGGCUACGCUGGAUGACAUCGGAAUGUACCAUGCCUGGACAAACGGGGGGCACACCAAAGGAGAGCUGGAGGUGGAAGAAAAGGAACUGGAGGUGCUGCAGGACAUUGCUGAUCUGACAGUGAGGGCAACAGACCAGGCUGUGUUCAAGUGUGAAGUGUCUGAUGAUAAGGUCACAGGAAAGUGGUUCAAAGAUGGAGCGGAGGUCUUGCCAAGUAGCCGCCACAAAAUGACUCACAUUGGAAGGUUUCACCGACUGGUUAUUGAUGAUGUGAAACCAGAGGAUGCCGGAGACUACACAUUUGUUCCUGAUGGAUACGCUCUCUCACUUUCUGCCAAACUCAACUUCUUGGAAAUUAAGAUCGACUAUGUGCCUAGACAGGAUCCUCCAAAGAUCCACCUGGACACCACUGGAAACAUGGUGUCCCAAAACACUAUCAUUGUGGUGGCGGGCAACAAGCUCCGACUAGAUGUGGAGAUCUCAGGAGAACCAGCGCCCACUGUUGUUUGGUCAAAAGGAGAUCAGCCAAUCACAGACACUGAAGGGCGCGUAAGGGUGGAGUCCAGGAAAGACCUGAGCUGCUUCGUCAUAGAGGGGGCAGAGAGGGACGAUGAGGGCAACUACACCAUCAUUGUGACCAACCCGGCUGGCGAGGACAAGGCCGUGCUGUUUGUGAAGAUUGUUGAUGUGCCUGAUGCCCCUGAGGAUGUCAGAUGCACAUCGGUGGGAGAGGACAGCGCCGCCAUCCUUUGGAAUCCUCCUAAAUUUGAUGGCGGUGCACCAGUCAAAGGGUAUCUCAUGGAGAGGAAGAAGAAAGGCUCUUCCAGGUGGACAAAGCUCAACUUUGAUGUAUACGAGUCGACCACGUACGAGGCCAAGAGGAUGAUUGAGGGCGUUCUGUAUGAGAUGAGGGUGUUUGCUGUCAACAGCAUUGGCUUGUCCCCACCGAGCCUCACCUCUAAACCCUUCAUGCCCAUUGCCCCAACCAGUGAGCCAAUGCGCUUGACGGUGCAUGACGUGACGGACAACUCAUGCAGCCUGAAGUGGCUCAUCCCAGAGAAGAUUGGAGCAGGAGGCCUGGAUGGCUACAUUAUUGAAUACUGCAAGGGAGGAGGUGAUGAGACCACAGGCACUGAGUGGGUGGUGGCAAACAAGGAAAUUUGUGAGAGACAGGGAUUUGUCGUGCGUGGCCUCCCCGUGGGAGAGAAGAUCAACUUCAGGGUGGUGGCAGUAAACAUGGCUGGACGCAGUCCUCCUGCAACACUGCAACAGCCUGUCACCAUCCGCGAAGUCGUUGAACAUCCAAAGAUCCGCCUUCCUCGUGAACUGAGGACAAAGUACAUCAGAAAAGUAGGAGACAAGGUCAACCUGACCAUCCCCUUCCAGGGUAAACCACGCCCUGUCGCAACCUGGUUCAAGGACGGACAACCCGUUGACACCAAGUUGGUCAGCGUGCGUAACUCGAACGUGGACACCAUCCUGUUCAUUCGCGCAGCCGAGAGAGAGCACUCUGGAACUUACGAGCUUCUUCUGCAGAUUGAGAACUUGGAGGACAGGGCCACCAUUGAAAUAAGGAUUGUAGACAAGCCUGGGCCUCCACUGAAUGUGAGGGUGACAGACGUCUGGGGCUUCAAUGCAGCUCUGGAGUGGGAGCCGCCCAAGGACGAUGGCAACUGUGAGAUCACUGGAUACACCAUCCAGAAGGCGGACCAGAAGACAAAGGAAUGGUUCACCGUUUAUGAACACAACAGACGGUCAAACUGCACAGCUUCAGAUCUGAUCAUGGGCAAUGAAUACAUGUUCCGUGUCUACAGUGAAAACUUCUGUGGCUUGAGCGAGGAACCGCGCAUGAGCAAGAACACGGCUACCAUUGUCAAGACAGGCCUGCAAUGCAAGCGAAACCCCUACAAGGAGAAAGACAUGUCCUGUAUGCCCAAGUUUACUCAGCCUUUAAUUGACAGAUCCGUAUUGGCUGGUUACAGUACUGCCAUCAGUUGUGCCGUCAAAGGCUUCCCCAAGCCUAAGAUUGUCUGGAUGAAGAACAGGAGGAUCAUCGGCGAGGAUCCCAAGUUCUUGAUGCAGAACAACCAAGGAGUGCUGACCCUGAACAUUCGCAAGCCGAGCACCUUCGACGGAGGCAAAUACUCCUGCAUGGCCGUCAAUGAGCUGGGCCAGGAUGAAGUGGAGUGUAAACUGGACGUCCGAGUUUACAAAGAGCCGGAGAACAAGUGAGAAACCGAACAGCGAAGAAUGUGAAAUAAACCAAACAGUGAAUGAACAGUGAAUGUCACUAUGUAGAGUUCACACUGUCAAUAGUGAAUCAAAUAAAAUGCAGUGAUGCCUCCCAUAAAUAAUUCUUUAUUUCUAAAACA